CCGCACGCGUAUGGUGAGCAAGCCACCAAAGCGUGUACCGAUACAGAUCGAUAGCACCACGGAGUUUGAAGAUGCUGCGAGGGCAGUGCGGCUGCUGGAGGUCAAGAGGCGGGUAGACGCAAAACGCCGGCAGGGGGGGCGAACGUUCUUAGACCACCUGCUGAUUGACCUUCGAGCUGGCCCGGGAGGGGACGGCUCAGUUGCUUUCUUCCGCGAUGUGCAUCAGCCUAAUGGGCCACCUUCAGGGGGAAACGGGGGCGCGGGAGGAGACGUGCUCGUCAAAGCCGUCCCUGGGCUGACGUCGUUAUCCGGUCUCGCGCAUCUCGUGAAAGCGGGCAAGGGGGAGCAUGGGAAGGGCAAAUGGAGGCAUGGGAAGCGCGGAGCGGACCUCGUGUUACGCGUACCGCUGGGAACGGUAGUGAGAGAAUUGAGCAGGGAGAAACCGCUCGAUCCAUGGGACGAUGUCCGGCUUGCUGCUGAGCACCCCGAGUGGGAGAGCCUGGAUGAGGCGGAGAGGGAGAAACUGAGAAGAAGGAAGGUGUGGGUCCAUUAUCCUUCUAAGGAGGAGGACAACGCUUCAAACGAGCAGUUCCUCGAUGCCGAGGGAGAGGUGAAGAAGGAGCUCAGGCACGCACUAUGGCGCCAGCGAAAGGAGAACGAAUCCCGCCCCGGCUUGGAACUGGACUUGAGCGAACCGACAGAGGGGGAGGGGAUAAUUGUCGCUCGAGGGGGGAAAGGGGGGCUGGGGAACCCUUUUUUCGCUAGUACGGAAGUGAGGAAGCCGAUGUGGGGUACGAAGGGAAGGGAGGGGGACAGCGUGAGGCUGUUUCUCGAGCUGAAGCUACUGGCCGACGUUGGCUUGGUCGGACUGCCGAAUGCUGGGAAGAGCACCCUCCUCCGCGCACUUACAAACGCCAAAGCCGAAGUGGCAGGAUACGCAUUCACCACGCUCAAUCCUCAGGUCGGCACGGUCCAGAUGUACCACGACGGUGGAUUCGGGUCCUCCUCCACCCAGCCUAUAGUGCACACUGCCGACGAGCGGGAACUCUCUGCGCUCGGAUUGCUCCCCCCUCCUACGGCAGCGAUCCAUGCCUGGGACAGGUCAGAAGAGGACAGGUUGACGAUAUGCGACAACCCUGGCCUGCUGUAUCGGGCGAGCGAGGACGUGGGGUUGGGGCAUACGUUUUUGAGGAGUGUAGAGAGGGCUAGGGCGCUCGUCUAUGUCCUGGAUUUGAGUGCGCCUAACCCGUGGGACGACCUCUAUGUGCUUAAACAUGAGCUGGAGGCGUACCGCCCUGGACUAUCGGAACGCGCGAGGCUGAUCGUGGCUAACAAGGCGGACUUGCUUGGUGCUCCCGGAGGGGAGGAGAGUGAUGUCCAAGCAGCGAGGGAGACGGAGCAAGAGGCGUGGGAGAAAGUGAGGAGGCUCGAAGAGCUCGCCUGGGGACUGGACGUCGUCCCGGUCAGCGCUAAGUUUAGGAUGGGACUGGACAGAGUGGUUGCGUUAUUAAGAGAGUAUGUUGCCGAGUCUAAGGCAAAGGAGGGACAGGGCAUGUAA